AUGAGCUCAACAACUAAUACACUAAAGCCAAUCAAGUUAUAUUCACUUAAUACACCAAAUGUUGCAAAGGUGUUUAUUUUGUUGGAGUUGUUGGAAUUACCUUAUGAAUCUAUAAAGGUUAAUAUUGCAAAUGGUGAUCAGUUCACGGAUGAUUUCAUUAAGAUCAAUCCAAAUAGUAAGAUACCAGCUAUUGUUGAUCCCAAUGUAGCAGAUGGAAAGAGUCCAAUUGUACUAUUCGAGAGUGGAAACAUCCUCAUCUACCUUGCCAAGACCUAUGGCAAGGGCAAGUACCUUCCCAACGAGACAACCCACACUCAAGAGCAUUAUGAAGUACUCGGUUGGUUGUUCUUCCAAAUGGCAUCACUUGGACCAAACAUGGGACAGUACAAUCAUUACGCCAAGUAUGCUGAAGUCAAGUAUGAGUAUCCAAUCCAGAGACAUUACAAAGAGGUCAAAAGAUUGUUCCAUGUGCUUGAGCGUCAACUCGCCAAACAUUCCUAUGUUGCUGGAGAUGAAUUGACCAUUGCAGACAUUGCAAUCUAUCCAUGGAGCAAAUACAUUACAACAUAUCCAGAUAUCGCAGAGCAGGACUUCCCCAAGUUAUUGGAGUACCAUGAGAGAUUGGCACAGUUGCCAGCUGUCCAAGCUUACAAGAAGUAUGAUGAUGAGCUCACUGCACAGAGAACUGCAUUCACUGCUGAGCAGCGCAAGAUAUUAUUCGGCCGAGACAAGUAG